AUGACCGAGCAGACCAAAGCGUACACAGCGGCCCCAUCGGCACCAUCACGUCCCCACAACUCCCGGGACUUAUUCUGGUCUGCCCUCCGGAGCUGGUGGCAGUCCCCGAGCCCCAGUUGCCUCCUCCCCAACCAGGAUUUUGGCCUGCCACCAUUCCUAGAGGCCGGAGACCUCCGUGAAUUUAGCUGGAUAGAUAACAUCCAUAGACGCCUGGCGGCCAGCUCCUGGCCUGGGUACAUGCCCUCUCUCCCCCUCUUGGUGCCCUCCUUCCUGGUCCCGGCCUCCUCCAUGCACCAGCCAGGCCCCAGGCUGAGCAGGGCAGAGUCUGCAGGGUUGCAAGGGCUGUCAGAGGUCCGGGAGGAGGGGUACAAGUGGAGGAUCACCCUGGACGUCAGUCACUUCUCCCCUGUAGAGAUCACUCUCAGGACCCGGGAAGGCUUCCUGGAAAUCGGAGGGAAACACGAGGAGAGACCAGACAAGCAUGGCUUUAUUGCUAGACGCUUUACCAGGAGAUACACGAUCCCAAAAGGUAUUGAUCCUAAGAUCAUCCACUCCUCUCUGUCUGGUGAUGGCAUCCUGUCUGUGGAAGCUUCACUUCUUGAUCCCACCAUUCCUGCUGAUGUCAUCAUUCCCAUUCAGGUGGAGAAGGAGGCCAUAAGUGAAGAGGGAGAGAAGGGUGGUGCCAAGCCAGAAAGGACUACCGAGCCAGACACAGAGACCCGGGACCCCCAGCCUUCUCCAUCUGACCCUGCUGUGGCUCCUGUGUCCCUGGAGGCCGCUGACUUCACCCCCACAGAACCUGGCAUACUACCACCAACUGAGGCACUCGAGCGCUGGGAUGAGUUCGCACGGGAAGUCCCUGGAGAAGAGGCUCACCCAGACAGCGACGCGGCAGGACCCGAGAGGCAUGAGGAGGUAAGAGGAGAUGCAGAUGAGAGGACCCCUACUGAGCCAGCUGGGGAGAUGGCGAGACAUCCCUCUGGGUCCGCAGAUGAUGAAGCCAGUGAAGAGGAAGGUCUUCUGACUUCCACAGAGCCCUUUGAGCACCUCAAGACUCCUGACAGCCCAGACACAGUCACGUCUGACCAGGGGGAAUACACAGACCAGGCCCAUGACCAUAGCGGAGAGCUCCAGCACCCGGAGGGCACAGGGGAGACGGUAGUAGAGCUCCCAAAGCCUGAGGAUCCUGAGCCAGGCAUGAGUCCACCAGAAGAGGUGGCCCACCACUCCCAGGAGCUGGAAACCCAAGAGCACCCUGAUAUGGAGCAACAGGAGUACACCAAGUAA